AUGUCCGAUGCGCUUCACGUAGAGCUUGCAGGUGGCAUCGUGUCCAUGGGCUCAACCUACCAUAACAAGAUUUUCAAAUCUUCAGUCGCCGAUAGAUGUAUUGAAGACUUCAUCUCUCGAACUCCAUACUACGAUCAAGGCCGCUGGCAUACCAUACCCAAGAAACCAAAUGACGAGAAAGCACUAUACACGCCGUUCAUCGAACUAUUGGGCCACAUUUUGGCUUACUUUAAGUAUAACGGACGUGGGAGGAAAUUGGUCGACACACACAACAUCGACAUUCCCCAUAAAGACCUCAACCGUCAUGGGUCAGCUGACGACAGCUCGAGAUGUAGGACUUCGCCCGACUUUAUGAUCCUAGGUAGUGGCGCCAACCUUAACACUGAAGAGAACAACAACGAAAUCCGAGCAUCGUAUGCACUAUGUGCCUCCCCAGGAGAAAUCAAGACAGAGAGGAACCAAAAGGACAUGAUGAACACAGAUCAAGUUGCCGUCUAUGCAAGACAAUGCUUCAUAGAGCAGCAUCAUCGAAGAUUUGUCUACUCCAUCAUUCUCACCGAGAAAAAAGCGCGUUUAUUCUUAUUUGAUCGAUCCGGCGCCAUUCAAAGUCAACGAUUCAAUAUCCACGAACAACCCGGCAACUUUGUCAGAAUUGUACUCGGUUUCUGCUCUACCAACAAUCAAAAAAUUGGCUUUGAUACUAAUAUCUUCUGGCGAAAUAAUUCACGUUAUAUUACGUUGCAUAAUCACUGGGAAGUGAAGGGUCUUGGUAUGCGAGAGUAUCGAGUUGCUGAAGGAUCGUCAGCAAUCGCCUUCUCUCGUAACACAAUGCGCGGUCGAGGAACGGUCUGUUGGAAUGUGGUGGAUUGCGAUGGUACACCAUUUCUAAUUAAAGAUUCAUGGAGAUCUGCUGGGCGUGAACCGGAGUGCAAGCUCCUUGCUGAAGUUGCUGGGGUAGCAGGAGUUGGGCAAAUGGUCACCUAUCAGGACAAUGGACAGGAUGAUGUGGCACAGUUUCGAGAUGUUCCCAAUUGUGACCUUACGGAGUCCCUCUCGCAUAAUCGCAUAUUCAGCCGUAUCGUCCUAGAAGCGUAUGGAAAGCCUUUGGAUUACUUUAACAAUCGCCGUCACUUACUGUUCGCCUUUCGGGACGCUGUCAACGGCCAUAGAAAUCUCUGGCGCGACAAGCACAUCCUGCAUCGUGAUGUCAGUAUAAACAAUAUCCUUCAUGGAAAGGAGGGCUCCGUGGAAGGUUCACGGGGAGUCCUAAUCGAUCUCGACAUGGCUAUUUGCCUGACACGACAAGCUCCACUCACAGGCACCUUUCGAACGGGCACACGGGCAUUCCAAUCAAUUACCGUUCUUAGAAGCGAAAAAAACGGAGAGCAUGCUCGGCCACACGACUAUCUCGAUGACUUGGAAUCCUUUUUCUACGUGUUUGCCUGGAUAUGUAGCACGUAUACAGGACCACAUGAGCGCCUGGAAUCGGAACCUAGAGCGCUUGUGGCAUGGCAAGAGGAUGUUGUCGUUGCCAUCGGAAUGAAAACAGCCUUUCUCUACGAUCCUACGACGGAGCUUACACCAUAUUUUGAGUGCUUUUCCGCCUUGCUGACCUCUCUUGGAAACUUCCUCAUCAAACAUGCAACCCGGAAGGAGAAGGAAUGCAGGUCAAAGGCACCUAAGGUGCCGCUUAUGGAUCUUCUUGCGCCAUCGGAUGCUGAAUACGACACCUUCUUGGGGUUUGUUGAUGAUGCCAUCGCUGCUCUCGAGCCUGAAGAAACCGACCCAGUCGUGAAAGCUUCGCCAUCCAUUUUGAAACCGGAACCAAUUACCCCACCUCACUCCUUGCAGUCUCAAGAUACCCCAUUUCAUACGCCAGCUACUCCCCGUACUCCUGGAACUGCUCGCAAACGGCGGACGGAAGAAGUGGACAACAGCCCCACAGCGGGGAAGAAAAAUAAGUUUUCUUCUGGGAUCCCAGAAAGUCCGUCCGUGGGGCAAAACCGUUGA